AUGGCCGAGCUCACACGAGACGAAGUGGCCCGCCGCUGCCAGGAACUCGUCUACAAGGUCGCCUACUCGUUCUACGACUCGCCGUACAUCAUCCUCCUGCGCGUCCUCGUGAUCCACAAUGUCAUCACAGAGAAGCGGCUGGGCGAGAUUCUGAAUGUGGGACCAAACGACGUGCGCAAGUACCUCGGUAUGCUGCAUGUGCACCGUCUCGUCAAGCGCUAUGUCAACAAGGAAAAGGGCACCGGCACCGCGUGGCAGCCGCGCGGCGGCGCUGCCGGCCCACAGGCCAACAAGACGCGCGACGUCAUCUACUGGUUCCUCGACUACCGCGAGUUUGCCGAUGUGGUGAAAUACCGCAUUGCGAUGAUGCGCCGUGCGAUCGACGACAAGAUCAAGAACGAGGUUGGCAAGCGCGGCUACCUCUGCCCCAACUGCCAGCGGCAGUACGACCCGUUGGAGAUUGCGCACACGUUUGACCCGUCGAGCAACGCGUUCUUGUGCGAGGUGUGCUCGACCGAGCUGGUCGAGGACGACCCAGCGCUGCACGGCGACGACACGGGCGGGCAGGACCGUAUGCAGCGGUUCAACGUCGCGACUGCGCCGAUCCGAGACGCGCUGAAAUCCAUCGAGGGUGCGCGCCUGCCCACCAUCAACAUUGUCGCGUGGAUUGCGCAAAACGUCACCACCGAGGCCAUCCCCGACGCCGCGGCGGCGUCGGCUGACGGACGCAAGUUUGACGUCGUCAUGGGCGCCGAGGACGACACGGCGGCGCGCGAAAAGCUCGCAGAGGAGCAGCGCGCCCAGAACGCCCUGCCGGUAUGGUACACGCACUCGACUAUUACGGGCGACACGACGGCGCUGGGCAACAAGGACGCGGCGGACAAGGCCAAGCUCCUCGCGGCCGGCGGGCGCGUCGCAGGCGCCAAGGAGGGCCAGGACGAGGACGACGCGCUCGCGGCGCACUAUGCCAACAUGGACGACGACGACGAGGAAGAGCUCGAGGAGGCCGACAUGGGCGAUGGUGGCGCCGCGGCGACGCCCACCCCUGUCCAGACUGCAGAGGACACGCCCGUCCCGGCCGUCAUGGUCAUGGUCGCCGGUGUGGCCAAGGCGUUGGCAGAGGUGACGGACGCGGACGAGGGCGUCAUGACAGAGGAGGAGUACGAGGCGUACUUUGAGGCCAUCUCCGCCUCCCAGCAGUAG